GCCCGCCCUCCGCCGCCGCUGCCAUUGGGAGCCGAGCCGCGCCGAGCCCAGGCAGCCGCCGGUCCCGCUCCGCCGCCAUCGCCAUGAGCUUCUUGUUUGGUAGUCGCUCUUCCAAAACCUUCAAACCAAAGAAGAAUAUUCCCGAGGGGUCUCACCAGUACGAGCUGCUAAAACAUGCCGAGGCCACGCUGGGAAGCGGCAACCUCCGGAUGGCUGUGAUGCUUCCAGAGGGGGAAGACUUGAAUGAGUGGGUUGCAGUGAACACUGUGGACUUCUUCAACCAGAUCAACAUGCUCUAUGGAACCAUCACGGACUUCUGCACGGAGGAGAGCUGCCCCGUCAUGUCUGCUGGCCCAAAGUACGAGUACCACUGGGCAGAUGGCACCAACAUCAAGAAACCCAUCAAGUGCUCUGCUCCCAAGUACAUCGAUUACCUGAUGACCUGGGUCCAGGACCAGCUGGAUGAUGAAACGCUGUUUCCUUCAAAAAUAGGUGUACCAUUCCCAAAGAACUUCAUGUCAGUGGCCAAGACAAUUCUCAAGCGUCUCUUCAGAGUUUACGCUCACAUCUACCACCAGCACUUUGACCCCGUGAUCCAGCUGCAGGAAGAGGCACACCUUAACACUUCUUUCAAGCACUUUAUCUUUUUUGUUCAGGAAUUCAACCUUAUUGAUAGAAGAGAACUUGCACCACUUCAAGAACUGAUUGAAAAGCUCACCUCCAAGGACAGAUAAAAGGAAGAGGACUUCUUGAAGCCAUUUGUUUCUUUAAGCAAGCGUGUGGUAUUUGUUUUUUGUUAAUUUGUUUUUUUUUUAAAAAAAAACAACAACAAACCAGCCCCCCUUGUGCUGUUACCAGUGACAGCUGAGAUCUACUUUCUGUGCUUUUGUUAGGGGAAAUCUUUUCUCUGUUAGUGACAUGUGCUAAAUAGCUCUUCUUUUUAUUGCUAUUAUUUCAUUGUUGUUACUCAUCGUGGAAUUUCUAGCAGGUGCUGAGUGUUUAUAAAGGAAACGUGCUUGGCUGGGGGGAUGGACUCUGCUGGUGGAUGGGUUCUUGUGUUGUGUCAGUGGUAGCCCAUUCUCAUCAAGUCCCUGGAAGACUUGCUUACUUUCUCUAAGUGCCUUGGCAGACUCACUUCUGAGGUGCAAAGCACAUACAAUACUGAACAUUGCUGGAAACAGAAAAUAUGUACUAACACCUAGACACUUACUGAAACUCGUUUUAAAAAUAUAUAUAUAUAUAUCUAUCUAUGCUUACACUUAAAAAAAAAAAAAAAAAGCCAUAACUUGCUGAAAUCAAUGAUCUCCAGCUUUUAAUACAAAUACUUGUCUUAUUUUUUUAGAGAUGAAUAUAGAAUUUUUCAGAGCUAGAUGACUUCUUACAAAGAAAAGCAAAGUUCUCGCUAAAGCGGGACGGCCGAGGUGGUGUCAAAAACUACACAGACCUUGUGCUUAGCCAGUAGUUCCAUGUCUGCUGCCAUGGGACUCUGCAUAGUUGCUUUUAUUUUCUUAGCAGGAAAGCAUCAGUUGGGUCAGCCAGCUUGUUAAGUUCCCCUAGCAGUUGCCAAAUGAACAGGUAGUUUGCACAAAUACAAUUAGGGAAAAUAUUCCCUAUAAGAAUUUGCACUGGGAUAGUAGUAAUAAUAAUAAUAAUAGUGAGGAAAACCUGGCUUGAAAAAUAACUGGGGGAAGGGUGUUUUUUUAAGUUAGUAAUGCAAAGCCUGGCUCUGAGGAGGGGCUCUGGUGGCCAGUGUUUGCUGUUUGAGGAAAUGUGUCUCGGAGGGGAGAUAAUUUCAUGGGCUGCUUGGGAGUUAGGUUACUGUGAUGGUGUUCUCCCCCAUUUAAAAUCACUGCCCAUCUCCAGGGAGCUCCAGCUGUUGGGAACAGCGACAGGAUGGGGUGAGGCCCAGGUGAGAGAAGCUGAGCUUCUGUUCUGCGCGCCUCUGCUCGACCAGAAACGCCGAGGGGGGUUGGAGCUGGCGUGCAGGAGCCUGCAGGGGAGGAGAGUGGCCAUUGGCACGGGCAGCAGGGAGCAGCUGAGCACAGGAAUGACUCACCUGGGAGCUGCUGGCUUCCAGUGAGGCAUCCUGAUCUUCCAGCUUGCCCUGUGCCAGCCUCCACCCGACAGCGCCGAGGUGAGCGACCGCCCGAGUGCCGAGUGCACGGUUGGCACACAGAGAGAGCGAGGCAGCAGCUCCCAGGUGCUAAACACCUGGUGUCCCCCAUUAAAUUUCAGGGUGACUCCUUGCUUUGGUGCCAUGUGCCAGCAAGAAGCAAAAAGGGAUGGAUGUGUAGAGGUGUGAGGAUUUGCUCGGACACGGCAGUGCAGUGCUUCACGUUCCUGGCGCGCCUCUGCCCUAGGAGGGCUUGGGUCUCGUUGUUGUUGCAGCUUUUUUUUCUUCUGAGCAGCCAAUUCUAGAAAUCCAGAGGCAUCUGCUGCAGAUCAGCCAAUCAGACUUGGAAUGUACUGAGUGUAAAAAUGAGUCCUAGGUGGAUAGUGUGGUUUGGUUUUUUUUAUUCAAUAUCUGGCAGUAGGAGGUCUUGGACCGAAUAGUUUCUAGGCACGUAAUAAAAGCUUGGAGAUCAUGAUUUGCCUGACAGCUGUAUGAACACAUUGUUUAAUUACACAACACUUGAAAAUAACAUCAUUGAGGGCGUGUUUGCAGUGGUGGGGACUUAGGAUCCCCGUGCUGUUUCUUUUUGCAGCUUUUCAUUGUUGUUUUGCUUCUGAAAGCUGUGUGGGACCAGAAGUUGACGUGUGUUUACACUCUCGGAGUAAGGGCACGUGGAAAUGCCACUCAAUGGAAUCUGGAUCGAGUGAAUGUGUUGAUAAAAUAGUGCAUUUAUGGGAGGAAAAGGUGGGGGGACGCCCCCUGCCCCUCUAAAUCAACCCCAGAGAAACAAACCCUGCGCUGCUCCCGGCCCCCGCUACGGACUUGGAGGGGCGACGAGCGCUCGGAGACAAAACCUUGCAGCUUUGGCCGUGGGGAGCAGAAAGUGCCAGUGGGGUUGAGCCAGGCUGUGCUUCCAGUGCUGCCUCAGGCCUUCCAGCCUGGUAGGGCCCCGAAUCCCUGUGGUUUGUGGUGGCCGGUUGCUACCUGCACCGCACUGGAUCUUGUCAGGGAUUUGGGUGGUGACCUGGGCAGGGAAGCUCCCUGGAGCUGGGCAGGGGCCAAGGGCCGAGUCCAGGGAGCUCAGCUGGAUGGAUACAGGCUGUGCUGUCCCAGCCUUUCAAGUCCUAGUCAGGGACACAAGUUACUGGUGCAGAGAGGAGCAGAAGCACCGCCUUGUGCUGCUGCAGGUGGCUGAGGGGACAGAACGGGUUCCGAGGGGCAGGCAGCCCAUCUGCAAGUAUCCAGUUUCUUUUCCUGCUUACUAUGCAAUGUAGAGCUUCUGUUUUUCCCUGGAGAUAGAGAGGAGCACUGUCCUUACUCCGUCCUUAGGAGCUGAGCCCUCUCCCAGUGUCCCUGACCCUCAGUUAACAGGUAAGGACACCUAUUUGCUGCUACGGACUCAACUUACCUUUGGGGUUGUUCCUUUCUAUUUCUCACCCCUCCUCCUUUCUCCUGGCUCGCCAGACACAGUUUUACUGUAAACACAUCCUUUUGGAUAGCUGUGUUUUCCCUUGCUGCCCUCUCCUCCUCUCCUGCCUGCCAGAGUGCUGUUACUGUACAUAACCCCCCUUUGAGUUGGAUUCUUUAAGGAGCUGCAGCACAAACAGAGAUUCCUUUGUUUUUUUUCCCCACUAAAAGAUUCCCUUUUACGCCAAAUCUCCUUUCCUUCACUGCUGGUAGCAGUUGUUUCUUUUCCAAUCCCUCACUCCUAAAACCACUGGCAGUUUUAUGGAUACCCAUCUUUUGUUUUUUCCUGGAUAUUUUCUCUUUUAGCACAAAACUAACAUUGGUGAUUUUCAGUGUUAAACCUUCUUCUUUCCCCGCUUUCCUUAAGGUUUCCUCUCGCCAGGUUCAGUUUGCAGCCUAGGAAAAUAACCAAUUACCCUUAUUUUGUUGGAAGAACCGAUUCCCCAAAUUGUUCAUAGAAUAUUGUAUUUUUAGGGGAGAUUAAUUUUUUAUAGCCACUAAACUAUACUCAUUAUUUUUAUACGUUUGCAACUUUGGGGACAAUUUAGCGAGCCGUGUCGCGGAGGGAAAGGCUUCUUGUCGUGGGGUGUUUGCUUGGGAGUGCUGUGGUUGUGUGGUGCAGAGGCACAUGCCUUGAUGUGUGCUGGGAGAGAGAGAAGGAUGCAAUAAAAAUGAACGAGGCUUUGGUGAAAAUCAGUUUUUGAAGGGAAAAAAAAAAAAAAAAAGAAAAAUAAGAAAAUCCCGGAAGCGACACUAACCUUUCCUCCUCCUUUGGAAUCCUGAAAUGUAUGGGAUAAAAUG